AUGUCGAUAGCGUCCAUUUCCUCAGUUAGCCCGGUUGGUAACGAAAUUGAGGUCACAUGGUCAGACGGGAAAAAGUCGAAGUACCAUAAUAUAUGGCUUCGUGACAAUUGUCAUUGCGCCGAGUGCUACUACUCAUUAACGAAACAGCGGUUGUUGAACUCGGCCACAAUUGACCCCGAGAUCAGGACCAAGGAUGUCCAGUUGUGCAAGGAGACAGUUGGGAUUACAUGGGAUGACGAUAGUAGCCAUGUUUCUGAGUUUUCACCCGCGUGGCUCAGAUUACACUCGUAUAAUCCGCGAUUGAUUCCAGUUGCGGAUAAACUACGCGGAUACGACACGGUACUCGAGCGGAAGCUAUGGCAAGUUGAGGACAUAAAAGACAAUUUGCCUCAUGUUGACUUUGAGCAAGUGAUGAGCUCAUCAGAUGAAACCGACGGCGAAGAAGCCGUCAAAGAUUGGAGCUUGAAAAUUUGGAGACAUGGCUUUUGUCUAGUUGACAACGUGCCCGUUACACCCGAGGCGACGCAAUCGUUGUGUGAAAAAUUAAACUACAUCAGACCGACCCAUUAUGGAGGGUUCUGGGAUUUCACGUCCGACUUGGCCAAAGCUGACACGGCUUACACCAAUUUCGAUAUAAGCAAUCAUACUGAUGGCACCUACUGGUCCAACACGCCUGGCUUGCAAUUGUUUCAUUUACUAUACCACGAUGGUGAAGGCGGCACGACUUCGUUGGUGGACGCGUUUAAAUGCGCCGAGAUUUUAAAAGAAAAAUUCCCCGAGAGUUUUGAAGUCUUUUGUCGAGUCCGUGUUCCUGCUCAUUCUGCUGGCGAGGAGAAGGUGUGCAUCCAACCCGAUUUGCCCCAGCCUGUGUUUAAAUUGGACGAGCUGGGCUCACUAGUUCAAGUUCGAUGGAACCAAAGUGACCGGUCUACGAUGGAUUCAUGGGACGAUCCACUGGACGUGGUCAAGUUUUAUCAGGCCAUUCGAAACUGGGUCUCGAUUAUCACGAGCAAGGAAAACGAGUUGUGGCAUCAGAUGAAGCCGGGACAAGCUCUAAUUUUUGAUAACUGGAGAGUGUUCCAUCUGAGGAGCGAGUUUAGUGGCAAGAGAAGAUUAUGCGGUGCCUAUUUGGAAAGAGACGACUUUGUAUCUCGGUUAAAAUUGUUGUGUUUGGGAAGAGAAACUGUACUUGACUCUAUAUAA